AUGGUGACAUCACUUCACCAAAGUGGUAGCUGUGAUGUCAGGAUCGCUGUGAAAUCAGGACAGGAAGUUGAGUUGACGUCACCUAAUUAUCCACAUAACUUUCCCAGCCAGCUGCAUUGUUUCUAUGAUUUGACAACGGAAUUUACUGCCGGGGAGAUCUUACGUUUGACAAUUCUCGAUGUGAGCUUGUCAUGCGAUAACCCGGACACCACUCUGGAAGUUUUUGACGCUUUUAGCACCAGCGCCAUGUACCUGGGGAAAGUGUGUGUAGGCGGCCUCACCACAUUUGUCAGUCCCAGGGAACGGCUGUACCUGAUCUUCAAGUCCCGAUCUGGAGCCAGCGGUGGAACCACAAGUAGGGGAUUUAAAUUGACCGUGAAGAGUUUACCAGAGUUCACUCACUGCUACAGUGAGAAAGCCCUGGUAAUGCCGGUAUCCUUACAACCACAACAAUUCAUUUCACCUUACUACCCGCUGCAAGUGGCGCCGAAUGUCCACUGUCGGUGGUUGCUGAAGGCUCCACUAGGUCACAGAAUUCACCUGGACAUCCUGCACGCUGACAUGAAGGGUUCAGACGACUGUGUGAACUUUGGCCUGUAUAUCUACGAUGGAAAGACGAGCUACGACGACGAGAAGCUGGCCGCUGUGUGCUCCAACAGCAGCAGAUCGUUCUGCAGCACCAGCAGCUACCUCAUGGUUGUAUUCACGUCCACUGCUCACGUGCUGCACUCUGGUGGCGGAGUCAAGCUGAGAUACUACUCCUCU